UUGCAAAGCUUAUUUGUGACUAUACCGUCUCUUGAACGUUUCCGAGCAAUUGUAAUAAAUGGACUAUGGUUAAUUUUUAACAUGCCAUUGGAGUACAGGAUGAACUACCCAGCAAAUAGCUGUGGAAUUACUUCCAAAGCUUAUGUGUUCAAUAAUAUGUUAGGUUUCUAUUUACGCUCUGAAUAAGUUGCGUUUUUAAUUUGAAGUUUCUGAUUUCAGUCUGACGAGGGAGGUUGCCAAAUAGAAAGAACAGUGCUAAAACGCAUAUGUACUUUGAUUGGUCCUCUACUACUAUGGGCGUCAACCUUUGCAAAAGCUUAGCUAUGACAGGCUUUAAUCGCAUAUGGGCUGUGCCAUUGAACAGCUGAUCAUAUAAAUUUGGUAUUUUCAGAAUUAUUUUAUUGACAAUACAAAUGUUAAUAUCAUAUUUUGUCUGAGCCACCAGGCUGGUGAAGUGGAGGGACCUUUCCCAUUUAUCUUGACUUCACCGUUUCGGACCGUUUUCAACGUUAUUCAAGAUGGCCCAGUGGUUCCAGCUGCAGCAGCUAGACUCCAAGUACCUGGAGCAGGUGGACCAGCUGUAUGAUGAUACUUUCCCUAUGGAGAUCCGCCAGUACCUCAGUGCCUGGAUAGAGAGCCAUGACUGGGACAUGGUGGCCACCAGCGAUUCUCUUGCAGCGGUCCGUUUCCAUGACCUCCUGGCCCAGUUGGAUGUUCAGUACAGCCGCUUCACCCUGGAGAACAACUUCCUGUUGCAACACAAUAUACGCAAGAUUAAACGCAACCUACAGGACCACUUCCAGGAAGACCCUUUGCAGAUGGCCAUGAUAAUCUGUAAUUGUCUGAAAGAGGAGAAGAAGAUACUGGCCUCCAUCAUCAAAAAAGAGGAUAAUGUGGGGUCCACACCAAACAACAUGGUGUUGGAGAAACAGAAGGAGCUGGACAACAACGUUAAAGUCCUGAGGAACCGAGUUCAGGUUUCAGAGCAUGAGAUUAAGUCACUGGAGGACCUACAGGAUGAACACGACUUCAAGAAGAAGACACUGCAGAGCCGAGUGGAACAAGAGGUGAUUGGGAUGGCACAGUCACAGGCGGUAUGGAAAGAGAUCCGCGAAGAGGAGAUUGUAAUCAAAAAGAUGUUCAUCAAACUCAACAUAACCAGAGAGGUGGUGGUGAAUCAGAUUUCUGACAUCUUGUGCUUGGCCGAGCAGAUCCAGUUCAACCUGGUGACAGUGGAGGUACCUGAGUGGAAGCACAGACAGCAGAUAGCUUGCAUCGGUGGUCCGCCUAACGCCUGUUUGGACCAGCUACAAAUCUGGUUCACUGCUGUGGCAGAGGGCUUACAGCAGGUGCGUCAGCAGCUGAAGAUGCUCCAGGAGCUAGAACAGAAGUACACGUACGAGAAUGACCCCGUCACUCAGGGGAAAAGCGCUCUGGAGGAACGCGCUCUCGCCCUGUUCAAGUACCUCAUUGUCAAUUCUAUCGUGGUGGAGAGACAGCCCUGUAUGCCCACUCACCCUCAAAGACCCAUGGUGCUGAAGACUGGGGUGCAGUUCACUGUCAAAAUCAGACUCCUGGUGAAGCUCCAGGAGUUCAACUACCAGCUCAAAGUCAAAGCUGUGUUUGACAAGAACGUCACUGAGAAGAGCACAGUGAGAGGGGUCCGGAAAUUCAACAUCUUGGGAACCAACACUAAGGUUAUGAACAUGGAGGAGUCCAAUGGAAGCUUGGCAGCAGAAUUCAGACACCUGCAACUAAAGGAACAGAAAGUUACAGGCAACAGAUCAAAUGAGGGUCCUCUCAUAGUGACGGAGGAGCUCCACUCUAUUAGCUUUGAGACUCAACUCUGUCAGCCAGGACUCCAGGUCGAACUAGAGACAAUGUCCCUGCCCAUUGUGGUCAUCUCCAACAUUAGCCAGCUGCCCAGUGCCUGGGCCUCUGUCUUGUGGUACAACAUGCUGACCUGUGAGUCCAAGAAUCUGUCGUUCUUCCUGAGCCCUCCUCAGGCCACCUGGAGCCAGUUGUCAAACGUGCUGAGCUGGCAGUUCUCCUCCAUAACCAAGCGAGGCCUCAACGACGAGCAGCUGAGCAUGCUGAGAGACAAGCUCUUGGGUGGAGAAGCAGCCGGAAACCCUAAUGGACUCAUCCCCUGGACCAAGUUCUGCAAGAAUGUGAAUGAGAAGAGCUUUCCCUUCUGGCUGUGGAUCGAGGGAAUACUGGACCUGAUCAAGAGACACCUGCUGUGUCUGUGGAAUGAUGGGUGUAUCAUGGGCUUUGUUAGUAAGGAGAGAGAGAAGGCCCUGCUGAAGGACAAGGAGCCUGGAACUUUCCUGCUGCGCUUCAGUGAGAGCAGCCGCGAGGGAGCCAUUACCUUCACCUGGGUGGAGGGCUCCAAUAAUGAUGUCCAUUUCCACGCGGUGGAGCCCUACACUAAGAAGGAGCUGGCCGCCGUCUCUUUUCCUGACAUCCUCCGCAACUACAAGGUGAUGGCUGCCGAGAACAUCCCUGAGAACCCUCUGCUCUACCUCUACCCCAACAUCCCCAAAAAGAGCGCCUUCACACGCUACUACAGCCGCCCCACAGAAGCUGCUGAGCCAAUGGAGUUGGAGAGUGCCUCUGAGGAUGGCUACAUUAAGACGGAGCUCAUCUCUGUGUCUGAAGUCCACCCCUCCAGACUACAGGACGCCAUGCUGCCCAUGAGUCCCGAAGUGUAUGGAGAGCUGACCAGGAUUAUUAACCCUGAUGAGAUUGAAAAUGUGAUGUGCACUCCAUUCCCAAACUAAUCUGCCCUCUUCAGGUGGUGCCCAGGAAAAUGUGUGUAAGUUCCCGAGCCGAGUACCAAAGACACCACACAAAAAGGAUGACGUUUGCAAUAGAUUUGAAAGCACAACUGAAACUGAUAUAUAUAUAUAUAUAUAUUAGUCCUACGCAUGAGGUUUUGUGGCUUUGAGUCCAGCUGUUUGUAAUAAGGAAUGUUAUUCUACGCUACUUGUGGGACAGUAUAAUAUUUUGUGUAUGCAUAUGUAAUGUGAACAACAAAAAGGGAUGCAGAAAGCUGUUCUUCACUUUGUAAAUAGAUACCAUUUUGUAGCAACUUAUAAUAAGGAAAAUGGUUCAGAUGUUCUGGGUCGUUCCACGAAAUGAGUGCCCUUUGAUAUUUUAGUCAGAAAUGUUGCACCAAUAUUGAAUUUUAAAAGGCUGUUAUAUUAAAUGAAGUGGCCUUUAAUAUAGACCACAUGGAGACUUCAAUAAAUCAGAUGUUUAAUAUGGAUAAAGGCUUGCUAAAGUGCCAAAAUUCAUCAAAUAUAUCUAUAUUGUUUUGUGUACUUUUUACUCAUUUUUCUGCCCAAUUUAAGUGAUGUCCAAUUGGUAGUCUUGUCCCAUCGCUGCAACUCCUGUUCGAACUCGGGAGAGGCGAAGGUCAAGAGCCAUGCGUCCGCCGAAACAUGACCCUGCUUCUUGACACAUUGCUCGAUUAACCCAGAAGCCAGCUGCACCAAUGUCUCGAAGGAAACACUGCACAACUGGCGACCGCCACAGUAGUCGCUAGAGCGCGAUGGGACAAGGACAUCACGUCCCAACAUUUCUCCAAGUUUCUCCAAACCCUAGUUAUUUUGUUGCUUUGACAGUCAUUUCUGAAGAUUAUUUUUUAUUUCAUGUGAGUAGUGAUUCAUUUGCAUCAGUCCCUCAUUUUAAGGUCAACCCUGUUACGUAAACUGAGCUCUCGUUUUAAUUUGGUGAAACUAUUCCUUUUGAAAUAUUGCUUUCAAAAGAAACAUUGAACAUUUAAUAGUCAAAUCACAGAGUAAACGCAGGAGCACUGGAUCUAUUCUUCUUAUUUUUUCUUACAUUUUCUGGUGUUUUGUGGUGGAUAACUGUGAAGGUCGAGCGUAACAUGCCAACCCUAUUAGCCAUAGAUAGGCUAGAAGUGUUUUAACAAUUACAUUUUUGGGGUGAAGCUUGCAUGCAAUUGCCACUCCCUGUAGCACACAACAAGCUGUCAGUUCCCCUGUCACAAGGGGAUUUAUGGCUGAUUUAAGAAAUCAUCAACCCUGUUACGGUCAACCCUGAUACUUUAUUUGGCACUGAUAGUUUUGAGAUGGGAAAACAUGUUUAUGAAGUUGAACAUGUGCUCUUUAUGACAGAAUGUGAACAUUUGGUGAUAUGAAAUGUUUGACCAAGUGUGACCAAGUGUGACGGCCCCUCCCUGCUCUGGUUUAUGGGUUUUGCUGUGCUUACUUUCUGCAGGAGAUUGGUGGGUGGAGUAGGAGAGGUGGGCGGAGCUGGGAGGGUCAUCAGUGCUGAUUGGGGCACACCUGUGAAAGCUCAGCUGUGGCAUAAAGCCACUGUUUCCCCCCCAUUCAGCAAGAGAUUCCUCUCUCUGUGCAUACCUUUUUGUGUUGUGUUGUGUUGUGUUGUGUUGUGUUGUGUUGUGUUGUGUUGUGUUGUGUUGUGUUGUGUUGUGUUGUGUUGUGUUGUGUUGUGUUGUGUUGUGGCUUUGGCAGUUGACACCUAAUUUGCUGACCUUCAUGUCUCAUCUGAUUAUUUUUGUGAGUGUUUAUUUAUGGUAUAAAUUCAUUUUGUUAUUCCUUUACUCAGUGUGUGGUUUCCCAUUGUUUGUUACAAUCUUGAGCCAGGUUGUAACAAGUUAUACAGUAUUUGUGGAAUGACCCUUAUAUGGAAAGUACUUCUAAACUGUACUCACGACUGCCUGGACUUCAUUGUUUCAAUUCAUUAAAAAUAAGAGCUCUCUCACAUG